AUGAGUACAUCAGUGCUGGAGAAGACACUAACUGGGGCGGGGGCACCUUCCACAGUGGUGAGUGUUGUGGCGGCUCUUGCAGAGGCGAGCCGCGCGAUAUCGAUAGAUCUUCGCACCGACACGGUAGUGGCUGCAGAGAGCAGCAACAGCUUUGGCGAUGAGGUGCUCUCCGUUGAUCUGAUGGCUGAGCGGCACAUCGCUACACAACUGCGCGAUUGCCCAACGGUUGCCACAUUUGUAUCGGAAGAACAGCCAAUUCUCACACCAACACCAAACGCGGAGAGUGGGAUGUACACUGUCUCAUAUGAUCCGCUAGACGGCAGCAGCAUCAUCACCACAAACUUCUCUGUGGGCUCAAUCUUCGCCGUUUGGCCGGGCCGAACACCAAUUGGACUACAAGUGCAGGAUAUGGUGGCGAGUGUUGUUUCUCUCUAUGGUCCACGUACGAUGCUUUUUGUAGCUUUCCGUCCUACCACCAAUACUAAUUCUACAGGGACUGUCUUGCAGUUCUAUUUGCACAGCAACGUGUGGACUCCUCUGCGAGAUGCUGUCCCGCGCCAAAUCAAGAAGAAAGCCACAAUGUUCGCUCCUGGCAAUCUUCGUGCGGCACUGGAAUUGCCAUGGUAUCGUGAUAUCAUCAUGGCGUACAUGAAUGAGAAGGCUACGCUCCGCUACACAGGCGGAAUGGUACCGGACGUGUGCCAAAUUGUGGUGAGGAGUGACGGUGUUUACAUGACGCCUGCGACGCCGAAUCAUAAAAUGAAACUGCGGUUGAUCUUCGAGGCGGCACCGAUGGCGUUUCUCGUGGUGUGCGCUGGUGGCCGCGCAACAACGGGAUAUAUGAAUAUGAUGGAAGUGCGAGUUAAUGAAGUGGAGCAGCGAACAGCCAUUGCACUUGGCAGCAGUUGGGAUGUGGAGCGAUAUGAAAAUAUGUGCCGCGACCACAGCAACAGUACCAAUAACAAGACGGACAAGAUUCGAACUUGUAAUAAUGGGAGUAAACUAUAG